UUUUCAGACGUUGUGGUUCAGAUAAUUCCUCAGGGGUAUGAUAACUGUGGCUUUAUUGUUUGGAAUUCGAAAUCUGAAAAAAAUGAAUGUGUAGUUAUAGACGUGUACGACUCUAAAGCAUUUGUUGUUGAGCUGAAGACUUUAAGUAAAGUCCCUGUAGCUGUGUUAAGCACUCAUUGGCACUGGUCAGUUGUAAAGUUGUUAAAAUGUAGCAGGGAUCACUGCGGUGGUAAUCAUGGGUUGAUAACUGAGUACCCGAACUUAGCAGUUUAUGCUGGGAAACGCGAACCUGUAUCGUGUGCUACAAUACGGGUUGAUCAUGGAGAUGACAUUGAAGUAGCAGAUUUAAACUUUUCUGUUGAAUUUGUUCCGGGACAUACUGGUGGUCAAGUGGUAUAUCGUUUACAUGUACCUCCUGGCGAUUCAGACUGCUUGUUUACUGGUGAUUUCUUAUUCGUAGGCGGAACAGGGAGGCUAUUUGAAGGUAGCGAUGCGCGUCUUCUGUCUUCUCUAAUGGCAGUGAGAAGUUGGCAUCCUGACUGUCUUAUUUUUCCAGGACAUGAUUUUGCAAAGGAAAAUUUGGAAUUCGCAUUAACUGUUGAGCCAGAUAACGUAGAGCUCACUGGUAAAUAUGUAGAUGUUUGCGAUCGUCGUUUAGCUCGUCUACCUGCUAUGCCAACGUGCUUGAAAGAUGAAUUUGAUUAUAAUCCUUUUUUGCGACUUGGAGAAGAAUCGGUUGUCAAUGGAUUAGAGAACUUAGGCUAUACAGUUCCUCCACCAAGAACUCAUAAGGGUCGUGCACGUUUAGAUCCUGAUGUUGUCGACUUCAAUCGCAAAGUGGAUGUAUUACGCGUCCUUCGGAAAGCUAGGGAAGACUACGAAACAAAAAAGAGGAAGCAAAAAGUGACAAAAAUUUCUGCGUAA